AUGCCUGAGCCACCUCAUCUGGUUCUUCUUGAUGCUGAGGAACAGCAGCUCUAUUCCGACGCCCUCCUGAUGACCAAGCUUCUCACCUUAUCUCUAGGGAGAGCCCAGACUCCCAUAAGGAGGAGACUCAGUUCAGCCGCUUGGAUCCAUAACUCAUGGCUUUGCUCUGCUUUGUCCGCCUGUCUGAUUCCGCUCAGCCCGUACGUCCCGCGGCCCACGCCGGAUGUCCUCCAGCCUCUGGACCACCUGGAAACCGCGUUCAAGAAGACUACCAGCAGCUUUUGUACUUGGAGCGUGGGGUGGAAAUGCUGGGGUGUCCGGCGAGGUUAUUUUUGGAUCACUGACAGCGCGUCAAUGGCUACAGAUGCAUCGCAAAGGAAGGCUCUGAGAUAUCAACAGACCUUGCUGUACGGGGAGUACAGGGAGCAGCUGGGAAACUUCGCCCGGCGGGAGGCGGCCCGUUUGCUGACGGAGAGACAAUGGCGGAGACAGGCGGAAGAGAACGACGCGGCGGCGACGGGCAAAGGGGCUGGACGGCGGCAGCAGAUUCAUCAGCAUCCCGUCAUCUUGGAGUCACAUCUCAGUCACACCUCCUCUACCAAAAAGCCACGUCCAUACUCCAAAUGUCAAGAUUGUUUGGCUCGCGUGCGGCGCUACAUUGUGAACAAGAUGGGGGAGGACUGGAUCUUCCUGGUCCUCCUGGGCCUGACCAUGGCGCUGGUCAGUUGGAGUAUGGACUACGCCAGUGCCAAGAGCCUGCAAGCCUACAAGUGGAUGCAUGGGGAGCUGAAGGGCAACGUGGCGCUCCAGUACCUCGCCUGGAUUAGCUAUCCCAUGAUCCUCGUCAUGUUCGCGUCACUCUUCUGUCAUCUGGUUUCCCCGCAGGCCAUCGGUUCCGGUAUCCCCGAGCUUAAGACCAUCUUGAGGGGAGUGGUUCUGAAGGAGUAUCUGACCUUGAAGGCCUUCGUGGCUAAAGUCAUCGGACUGACGGCGGGAUUGGGCAGUGGGAUGCCAGUGGGCAAAGAGGGUCCAUUCGUCCACAUCGCCAGUAUCUGUGCCGCAGUGCUGAGUCGCUUCAUGUCCAUCUUCUCUGGCGUCUAUGAGAACCCUUACGGUUACACAGAUAUUCUGACGGUUGGCUGUGCCGUCGGGGUGGGAUGCUGUUUCGGCACUCCACUAGGAGGGGUGUUGUUCAGUAUUGAGGUCACGUCUACCUACUUUGCAGUGAGGAAUUACUGGCGGGGAUAUUUUGCCGCCACGUUCAGCGCCUUCAUAUUCAGGGUGCUCUCAGUAUGGAACAAGGAUGCCGUCACAAUCACUGCUCUCUUCAAAACAAACUUCCGCAUGGAUUUCCCUUUCGACCUGCAGGAGCUGCCAGCAUUUGCAAUCAUCGGGAUAUCAUGCGGUUUCAUGGGGGCGUUCUUCGUCUACUUGAACAGACAGGUGGUUCUGUUCAUGAGGAGACCUACUGCGCUCACACGCUUCCUGACAAAACAUCGAUUGAUCUAUCCAGGCGCAGUCACGCUGAUUAUCGCCACCUUCACCUUUCCUCCUGGAUUUGGACAGUUUAUGGCUGGUGAGCUCAUGCCCAGAGAGUGCAUCAACUCGCUGUUCGACAACUUCACCUGGACCAAAAUCUCAGCAUCCUCCCCUCCGCCUGGCCUGGGUCGCUCGACCGUGUGGCUGCACCCGCAGGUCAGCGUUUUCGUCAUCCUCAUCCUCUUCCUCUUCAUGAAGUUCUGGAUGUCAGCGGUUUCCACAACCAUGCCCAUCCCCUCAGGCGCCUUCAUGCCAGUGUUCAUAUUAGGAGCCGCUUUUGGUCGCCUCGUAGGGGAGAUCAUGGCCACUCUGUUCCCAAAUGGAAUCCUAUUUGAUGGAAUUGUGUACCGCAUCCUGCCGGGAGGGUACGCCGUCAUUGGCGCGGCCGCCAUGACAGGGGCUGUCACCCACACCGUUUCCACCGCGGUGAUCUGCUUCGAGCUAACGGGUCAGAUCUCCCACAUCUUGCCCAUGAUGGUGGCGGUCAUUCUAGCCAACAUGGUGGCCCAAGGUCUGCAGCCUUCGCUCUAUGACUCCAUCAUUCAGGUGAAGAAGCUGCCAUACUUGCCUGAGCUGGCCCUCGGGCAUAUCAGCAAGUACAAUAUCUUUGUGGAGGACAUCAUGGUGCGCAAGGUGAAGUUCUUGUCGUCACACUCAACUUAUCGGGAACUGAAUCAUCUGCUGGAGACUACUACACUGAAAACCAUCCCUCUCGUUGACUCCAAAGAAUCCAUGAUUCUUCUGGGCUCCAUCGAAAGGAUGGAGCUCCAAGCCGCUAUCGACUGGUGGCUCUCGCCAGCCAGGCGUGUCUUUGAAAGAGGUCAGAGUUCACCGGGCCCAUUGUCCAAAAUCAGCUGGGAGUCUUUCACCUUCGUGGACGAGGAGGGUGGCGAGGAGACUGUCGACAAGAGCGUGCCAGUGCUAGAUGAAUGUAACGGGCCUAUCCCGUCCCCCAAAGCUCAGGAGCCCUCAAGCAAUCACACAAGCUCAGAAAAACGCAAAACGCCAUCUGUCAGGAGGACACUUCAGAGACUCUUCUCUUCCUCCUCGUCAUCCACCGGACAGACUGAUGCACAGGACACAGCUCCCCCUACACUGGCUGACACAAUGUCACCAGAUGAGAUCAAAGCCUGGGAGGAGUCCGAGAUGGACAAGCCAAUGGACAUGGAGCAGAUCCGCAUUGACCCCUCUCCCUUUCAGUUGGUUGAAAGAACAUCUUUGCACAAGACCCACACUCUGUUCUCCCUGCUGGGUCUGAGUCAUGCCUACGUCACCAGUAUUGGCAAGCUGGUGGGUGUGGUGGCACUCAAAGAGUUACAGAAAGCUAUAGAAGGCUCAACUCGCAGUGGCGUAAGGCUGCGUCCGCCGUUGGCCAGCUUCCGGGAUGCCAACAGGAAAGCCAAGAAGCACCAGCCACCAUCCUCUACCACUUCCUCCCCCACGUGGGACAGGGACCUAUGGGGCGAGGGGAGCAGAAGGGAUGGGGAGCCAGCGAGGAAGGAUUCAAGAGGAAUAACUGCCCAAGACGUCUUGUCUUCAGCCGGAGGCAACUCGGUCAAUACUCACGAGUCGGCGUCGCCGUCCACUUCCUCGCCUGCCGACUCGCCGGGCUCGCCAGCCGACCCCGUCCUCACGCUGUCCUCCCUACGGGAAGAGCAUGAGAGCGAGGAGUCGGAUGAGCCCAUCUAG